AAAUAACUAGAACAAUAAAAUACACCGUUUCACCGUUUCAAUCGACACGGAUGAAUAGUGAAAAUGGACAUUUAUUUAUUUUUUUUUGUUUUUACAAUCCUAAUUAAAGUUGUAACAGCCAGACAAGCAUCACUUCAUCCUGUGUUGGUUGCAAGAUCGUCUUUGGAUUGGAUGCCAAGCAGGGUUAAUUCACUUUAUUCUGAUGUCGGGGCUUGGAGUGGUAAAUUUAGACCGGUGAUGGAUGAAAUAGAAUCAGACGAAGCCCUUAGAUUUUACCAAUUUCUUAAUUAUUUGGAUGGUGGUAGUUUUGGUACCGGGCCUAUCGAUGAGUUUGUGGAUGCAAUGAAUAGACUAUCUACCUACAUGAAGCAACAGAAUAGUCGCGAGACCCAAGUAAGAGGAAUGCGCGAGCUUGAAGCAAUUAACGGCGAAAAAGGUAAUAGCAUCAAAACUAUCUUAGAAAUAAGCACAGUAAUUAUGCGAAAAAAAAGAAAAUUCUUCUGUACCGGAGAAGUAAAGGAACCCAUUGUGAAUAACAAAAUCAUUUGCAAAGAUAGGAUACUCCUACCGAUUGCUGGUCCAUCUUGCAGAGAUGCAAUUAUGUACUGGCAUCCAGAUCUUACCGAGGAACAUUACUGUGUCGGUGCAUUAGAAUCAAAAAGCCCUGUUCAUAUAAUGGAUAUAGAAGGAGAAAUGUUUUGCAAAGGUGAUGAUUAUUCGAAGCGCGAAUAUUUAUUAGCGUGUGAUUUUUAUGAAGACCAAGAAUCUCCCGUCGCAGAUUUGUUGCAAUAUUAUCCGGAUCCCGAUCCAGAAAUAGGUCCAAGAAUGUAUUAAAGAAUGUAUUUAUUGAUCAUUAGUGAUUCAACAGCUCCAAUAAUAAACGUAUUG